AUGCUUUUCGACAAUUUUUUGCAAUUGAUCUUCCUCUGGUUAUAUAUGUCCUCAAAGGUAUCGGGAUUUUAUUAUUACGGAAACGGUGGGGAUCGUAAGUGCUUCAGCAAGGAGUUGUCAAAGGAAACAUUAUUGAACAUCCAGUACAAUGUGCAGUCUUAUGAUGAAAACAUGAAAACGUAUGUUAACGCCAACAAUCAGGAGUUUGAUGUCCUUUUUGAUGUGGAAGAGACAUUUGAUGAUAAUCAUCGGGUGGUAUCCCAAAAAAUGGUUCCCUCUGGUCUUUUUACAUUUUUAGCAAUUGAAUCUGGUGAACACAGGUUUUGCAUUUCGCCUCAAGCUACAAAGUGGAUGAGCAAGGGCAAGACCAAAGUUACUUUAGAGUUUCUGAUAGGUAAAGAUGCUCAAAUAGACUCCAAAAAGAAAAGUUCGUUUCAAACAUUACACAACAAGAUCAAUAUUUUGAAUGAGAAAGUGUUAGAAAUUAGAAGAGAACAAAAGUUGAUAAGGGAACGUGAAGCAUUGUUCAGAGAUGCAUCAGAAUCUGUCAAUUCGAGUGCAAUGUGGUGGACGAUCGUUCAACUUAUUGUGUUAAUAGGAACUUGCGCUUGGCAAAUGAGGCACUUGAGAACAUUUUUUGUUAAGCAAAAAGUGUUGUAA